AUGGCCUACGAUGCCGCUUCCCUCAACUUCUUUCACGACGCCGCCGCCGCCGACCCGCCCUCCUACCUUGAUCUCCAUGCCGGCCCUCACCACCUCCAGCAGCCACAUCAGCACCCGCCUCAGCAUCAACACCAGCACCACCAUCAGCACCCGCCGCAAUUCGUGAACCCUUCCUUGCAUGACGCUGCCGCGCCGUCUGCCUACUACAAUCCCAACGUGCCCCCGCCGCACCACAUGUCUUGCGACAUCAAGCCGCGCCUCACCAAGGAGCAGCACGACAUCCUCGAGUCCCACUACCAGAAACAGAGCAAGCCCAACACCAACACCAAGAAGGGUUUCGCAGAGUCGCUCAACGUCUCGCUCGACAAGGUCAAUGUAAGUGCACCCGAGAGAGCCGCUGAUCCGUCCCAUGAAUUCCCCCCUCUCUCCUGCACCCAGCUGCGGCUGACCAGUCGCCCGUAGAAUUGGUUCCAGAACCGACGUGCCAAGGCGAAACAAGAUGCGAAGAAACAGGCCGGCGCAUACAACCUCUUUGCCCAGAAGCAAAAUGGCUCCUUCAGCCUGACAUCCGAUUCCGAAUCCUCCCCCGCGUUCACCUCUCCCGACUACUAUUCCAUGAUGCAGCAAUGCACCGGCGCCGACGAUCAGGACAUUGGCAUGAGCGACAUGUCGCAAUACACGGAGCAGCAGCAGCAGCAGCAGCAGCAGCAGCAGCAGCAGCAGCAACAACAACCACCCAAUGGCCCGCCCUACAGCUCCACCCCGUCCUCCACCGAUCAAUUCGACAAUUCCCAUCUGUCGCAGCAGCUCUCCGCCGAUCUGUUCGAUAGUCCUCAGGAUAUGAAUCGGAGGACACUCACGCAGGAGCAGUUUGACGCGUUUGCGCAGAAUGGUGGCAUGAUGCAAUCGGGUCAAUUCGAUCCGCUGCAACAAGGCUUUUCGGGAGACGCAGAUGUCUUGCAUCAGGUCUUCCCGGACGUGCAGAAUGGCGAUUUCAAAUCACACGACACCUUUGCCUUUCCGGCGCCAAUCGGAGCUCCACUGUCAAGCAACGACUCUAGUGUUCCCUCGACCAUCUCCGAGCAGUCCAUGUUUCCAUCUUCGACGUCGAUGCAAGAGCCGGCCACACUGUCUGCGACAUCCUCCGAGUGGGCAGAAAGUCGGAGCUCCUCGGUCUCGCUCGCCCCCAGCCAGGACUCCGCAACUUAUCAGCAAGCAUCAGCUGCGCCGCAACAACCCGCCAUCACUACGUCUCAGUGGCAGCCUGGGCAAUCCAUUCCGGUCGACCCAAGCGAUUUGCAGCAGCAGUUUCGCGACGCGCAAUGGCAGGCGCAACAACAGGCCCAUCGGCCACAGUCGGAACAGCCUCUAGCCUGGCCCGCCGACGAGGCGUUCGUGCGACGGGAUUCGCAAAGUGGCACCAUGUUAGCACAGCAGAUGAGCGGCUUCGCAAUCCAGACACCCCAACCACAGCAGACAGCGACCUUCGAAUGCCCCGCUCCUCCAGGGGAGGCUAAUGGCGGCAUCGCAGCCAGACGACAGAGGCCGCGACCCGCAGCUCUUGGACUAGCGUCUCUACGCAGCCAAUCCUACAGUGGUGCGGUUCAGCCUGCCUCCCCAAGCCACGCUGCACAGAACCUCGCGCCCGCCCAACAGCUACGUCGCAUACGUUCAUCUAAUGUAAUCAAUGGUGUAGCGCAGGGCCGCGUCAUGAAAAGUAUACCCGGCUCCGCACAGCGCUCGCCCCUGAGCUGGACUUUUGCAGAUGCAAUGAAUUCGCCAGAGGCAGUGCGCCACGCCUCGACACCAUCUGUCAACAAUCUCGCCCCACCAACACCAAUGUCGCCCAACGAGCUGCCUAUGCCUGCACCGGAACACGCCAGAUCGCACUUCCCGCCCUGGCAAUCCAAUGGCCAUUUUAGCCGUCAGGCAAGUAUCAGCGAGACAGAUGCGGAGCACCAGGUGCCCGUGAUGUCGAACGGAUCCAUGCAACAGCAACAAAACGCAUCAUCGCCGCCUCACACCCCCAUGUACCAUCACCAUCAGCAAUAUCCGCAAAAUCUUGCAUCCGCGCGCGUGGGAAAUAAUGUUAUCACGGAGAACACUCCGCCUCAGUCUGCCCCUGCCGUACAGCAAUCGUUUCCGGCGGAUGUGUUCAUGCUUUCGCAACAGCACCCAGCAUCGACGCAAUCACAGCAAGCACCGUCAUGCAUGCCUUCGCAAUCGCAGCAGCAGUUCAUGAAUGUGUCCAUGGCCGAGCAGCAGUUUCGAAUUCCUGCCUACCGUUCUGCACAGGGCUUUGCCGUUCCGACAUCAGAGGCACAGCAGCAAAUGCCCAUGCAGUUUGCCAAUGGCGUUCCGGUCGUGAAUGCCCAGGGCCAAUUGACAAUGGCAUUUCCACCACAGAUGCAGUUCGUCCAGCAUACGCCACCUCGAGUCCAGAAUCUCCACCAGGCUCAAUCUCAAGGAGGUCAAUACAACUUCAUGGCCCACAACAGUAUUACCGCAGGCGCGCAGCAGAUCACUGCCCAGAUGCCCAAGCAACAAUCGCAGCCCGUGACGGAAUUCUUUGUCCACGAAUAUACCCCUCCACACGACAUGAAGCGAUCUGCCACGCAACGGAAAGUUCCCGCUGACUCCGGUCCGAAGAACUAUACCUUCGCCAACCAAGGCCCGGAGCAUUUCGGAAAGGAAAAGGUGAAAAAGGGUCAAGAGGCCAAGAACGGCACCGCAAACAGCAGCCCAUCCAGUGCGGCGUCCAGUUCAUGA